UCCAGAUAUCAAAGAGUCUGAAAGCUUCACAGAGACCAAUACGGACAAAGCUACAGAGAUGCUUUUCUCGGUCCUUCUGGUCCUGGGCAUCAGCCUGUUGCCCACGUCCUCCAAACCUACAGGUGAAUAUCUUGGCAGUCCUUUGCUUCAACAUUGCUUCGAAGAGGCAAAGAAGAUAGUGGAUGAUGCAUACAAGUACUCCAGAGAAGAGAGUCUGAGGCGGGUCCGCAGGGAUAUGGUGAGUCCCCAUGAUGCUCUCCGUCUCCUGAAGCAGCCUCGCAGUGAGACCCGCUCAGCUGUGAGAUCUGCCGACUACAUGGAACAGACUCUCCGUCUGCUCCAUGACAGGGUGCAUCAUGUGCACAAACGCUCUCUGAAUGCAACAGAUCUGCUGAGUCCAGAAGACCUGAUGAAACUUGCUGAGAUAACUGGAUGUGCAGCUCGAGUCAGAGCUCCACAGUGCAUGACCACACCAAACAUCAACAAGUAUCGCACAGCCACCAGCGUCUGUAACAACCUAAAAAACCCUCGCCUCGGAGCCUCCAACACUCCCUUUGCCCGUUUGCUCCCUGCUGAGUAUGACGAUGGUAUCUCCCAACCAAAAGGAUGGGACCCAAACCGGAGAUUCAACAACUUCUUGCUGCCACUGGUGCGACAGGUGUCCAACAAUAUCCUAAACACAACAGAUGAAGACGUGGUCAACGACAGAGAAUACACCCACAUGGUCACCCUGUUUGGACAGUGGAAUGACCAUGACCUCACCUUCACACCCUUCUCCCCCAGCAUCCGCUCCUUCAGCAACGGGGUGAACUGUGAUGAGAGCUGUGAGCUCACUGAGCCAUGUAUCCCCAUCCCGAUCCCCCCUGGAGACCCCCGCCGGCCCUCCGGCCCAGACAACUGCAUCCCUGCAUUCAGAUCUGCUCCUGUUUGUGGAACCGGAAGAUCAGCCUUCAAUUUUGGCGGGGAGCCCAACAAGAGAGAGCAGAUCAAUGCGCUGACAGCCUUCCUGGAUCUCGGGCAGGUGUACGGCUCUGAAGAGAAGCUUGCGCUGUAUCUUCGUAACCUCAGCAGCAAUGCUGGCCUGAUGCGUGUCAACACAGAGUUCAGAGACAACGGCCGCGAGUUGUUGCCCUUCCACCCUCUGCAGGUGCAAAUGUGUGCCACUCGCAGAAGAAUCACCAAUGACACCAACGCCCGAGAGGUGCCAUGUUUCAUUGCAGGUGAUGUCCGCGUGGAUGAGAACAUGGCUCUGACAUCCAUUCACACUCUGUUCAUGCGUGAACACAACCGUCUGGCUCGUAGCCUGAAGAGACUGAACCCACACUGGGACAGUGAGACACUCUACCAGGAGGCCCGCAAGAUCCUGGGUGCUUACACACAGGUGUUUGUGUUCAGAGAUUAUCUGCCACACAUUGUGGGCAAUGACGCAAUGCGUAGACAGCUGGGUCGUUAUCCUGGAUACAAUCCCAAUGUUGACCCCAGCAUCUCCAACGUCUUUGCUACAGCAGCUUACCGCUUUGCCCACUUGGCAAUACAACCAGCUUUAGCCCGAUUGGAUGCAAACUACAGAGAACACUCUCAGUUUCCCAGCGUCCCCUUGUUCAAGGCUUUCUUCACCCCCUGGAGAAUCAUCUUUGAGGGUGGAAUUGACCCUCUGCUGCGUGGUCUGGCUGGUAGUCCCGCCAAACUGAACACCCAGGAUCACAUGAUGGUGGAUGCUAUCAGGGAAAGAUUGUUCAUGUUCGUGCAGCAUCUGGCUUUGGACCUGGCUGCUCUGAACAUGGUUAGGGGACGUGACCAUGGCUUACCUGGCUACAAUGCGUGGCGUAGGUUCUGUGGUCUGUCCCAGCCCAAAAACCAGGCAGAGCUGGGCCGGGUUCUGGGGAACAACGACCUUGCCCGCCGGCUGCUGGAGCUCUACGGGACGCCUGACAACAUUGACGCCUGGCUUGGAGGUGUUGCAGAGCCUUUUGUGCAAGGUGGGCGUGUGGGACCUCUGUAUGCCUGCCUCAUUGCGAACCAGUUCCAGAGGACCCGCCAGGGCGACAGACUGUGGUAUCAGAAUCAAGGUGUGUUCACCCCAAGGCAGAGGGCUGCUCUCUCCACCGCUAGGUUGUCCAGAAUCAUCUGUGACAACACCGGCAUCACAUCCAUUCCCACUGAUGUCUUCAGUGUCAUAUCAAACAGGAAUCGACGGGUGCGGUGUGCCAGUCUUCCUCGCCUGAACCUGUCCGCCUGGCGUCAGACACGGUGCAACAGUUUCACAGGUGCUAGCUGUUUUCAAUUUGCAGAUGAAGAGGAAACAAACCAAGUGGACGAGCUGGAUGAUCAGAACCAGGACAAUGAGGAAACAAACCAAGUGGAUGAGCUGGAUGAUCAGAACCAGGACAAUGAGGAAACAAACCAAGUGGACGAGCUGGAUGAUCAGAACCAGGACAAUGAGGAAACAAACCAAGUGGAAGAGCUGGACCAUCAGGACUCUGAAGAACCUCUGGUCUUCCAGGACAAUGAGGUCCUUUAGGAACCUCCGGUCCCAGAGGACCUCCUGGACCACUCGUAUGAAAUGUCAGCAUACAAACACCAACAGUCUGUCUUCUUGGUCCUACUGGAUGACUACAACUCAUUUUCAGAGAGAACUAUUUAUUACUGCGAGGCCAUACACGACAAGAAGACAUGCAUCAUCACUGCUGGUUAACAGUCAGUUUCCUCCUCACAGAUGAAACGGGAGAAGAAGUGUGUACCUGUGUUACAAGGUCCGAGAUGGCUCCAGCACUUUUAGACAAAGGCAUAGAACAUUUUACAUGUAUUUGGUAGUUGUAGUUACGUAAUCUAUCUAUCUAUCUAUCUAUCUAUCUAUCUAUCUAUCUAUCUAUCUAUCUAUCUAUCUAUCUAUCUAUCUAUCUAUCUAUCUAUCUAUCUAUCUAUCUAUCUAUCUAUCUAUCUAUCUAUCUAUCUAUCUAUCUAUCUAUCUAUCUAUCUAUCUAUUUUUUAUUUUUUUUAUUAUAUUUAAUAUUAACAUUAUUUGCUUUGUAUCAUUA